CACCUUGUCUUCAUGCGUGUCAUUUGCAACAGAGACACUCUUUAAAACUUCCAUGGCUAAACCCAAAGCACCACGCCGCACUCUUGACUCCUACUCAGUCAAGCACAUCAACAAAACUGUUAAACCUGGCGACUGCGUGUUGAUGCGACCGUCUGAUCCGUCAAAGCCAUCCUACGUGGCGAGAAUCGAGCGGAUUGAAUCGGACGGUAGAGGCUUAAACGUGAGAGUACACGUGCGGUGGUAUUAUAGACCGGAGGAAUCGAUCGGCGGACGGCGGCAGUUUCACGGAUCGAAGGAGCUGUUUUUGUCCGAUCAUUAUGAUACGCAAAGCGCCGAUACAAUUGAAGGGAAGUGUACGGUUCAUAGCUUUAAGAAUUACUCUAAACUUGACGCCGUUGGAAACGACGACUUCUUCUGUCGUUUUGAGUAUAAUUCCUCCACCGGCGCUUUUAAUCCCGAUAGAGUUGCCGUGUAUUGCAAAUGUGAGAUGCCUUAUAAUCCUGAUGACUUAAUGGUUCAAUGUGAAGACUGCAGUGACUGGUUUCAUCCUACUUGUAUAGAAAUGACUGCAGAGGAAGCUGAAAGACUCGAUCACUUCUUCUGUGAGAAUUGCUCAUCUGAAGGUCAGAAGAAGCUGCAGAAUUCCCAUGCUACUUCCAGACAACCAGAUAUAAAGGUGGAAACGAAGAGGCGUCGGAGGUGAUAAUCGUAAAUAAACAGAAAAUGUCGAUAUAGAACGAUAAUAGAGGAACUGGAGUUUCUCUUGGCUUAGAGCAAACACGGAGGCGAUGAUAUUUUAACGACGACCUUUAGUAUUUGCGAGUCCAUCGGAGAAGGAAACUGGUUUGAGAACCUUAAUGUAUGUAUAUAUGGUUUGAGGGUAAUUAACUUGUUUUCCUUUCGAAGUCGAGGAUGUGUUUUGUUGCUAUAGUUAUUUUUUUUCUUGUUUAUAAAUUAUAACCUAGGAUUGUGUAUAAUAAUAGAACUGCUUAUUGAAAAAAGUGAAUUGAUACAGAGGGUUUUCUA